UGGUAUUUCAGGUCCAACUUGUAAAACCAGAGAUAAGCGUGAUUGUUGCACGUGAAAACACGUGUGCGAUAUCUUUCAGUAAUUGAUUAUUAAUUAAUUAUACUGCGUUAAUUCCUGUGGGAGUAUAAAGAAAAGUCGGAGAUGGCCAAAUCAAUUCGCAGUAAAUGGAGGAGAAAGUGCAAAGCUGUGAAGCGAGAACGAUAUGGAGCGAAAGAGUUGGAGAGGUUGAAGAAAACUCUAGGCCUGGAUGGGAACUCUACGGGCGAUGUCGAAAUGGCUGAAUUGUCAAAGAUUGCUACGGUGAUCGAUCCCAAGUCUGUAAACGAUGCUGCGGAAACGAACGAUGUACCAGCUACAACCGAAGAGAAAAUGGAAGAAGAUGGCAAGAGGGUGUAUAAUAAGAAAACGAUGCGUGAUCAGUAUGGGAAUUAUCCGAUAUGGAUGAAUAGGAGAAAGAUCGCGAAACAUAAGAAAGGGAGGGCUAAGACAAAAAAGGCAACCACAAAGCAGGUUAAGAGGUUAACGAGGAAACAGAAAAAGCAGGUGCCCAGUGGAGAGCAGGAAUAAAUUUAAGACUGCUCCGUGAAAAGUGCUACGAUAUAUUUUAUAUUUUUCAUUAUUCUUGUGCUUUGUAUGUAUAGAUCCAAGAGAAGGUUAAUUCUCAGUGAGAUGUAUCAUGCAUUUGAUACUUUGGUAUAAAAUACAGUUGAAUUAGGAAUAAAUCAAGAUACACGUUGCUCUUAAAUGUAUAUAUAAUAAAUGCAGAAGUUGGCAGUGA